AUGGCUAUAUAUAUUUUUCGCAGUAGUAGAAACGGGCUUCGAUCUUGACUAAAUUUCAAGAGUCAUGGACUUCUUAAGUGAGCCUCUCUGACCCUUGACAUCCGGUCAUGUGAAGUGAACGCGCCGCAGCAGUGCAGACCAGGAGACUUUCUAUAUGCAAUGCUUGUAUGUUCCCAAACACCACGCGAUGGGGAAGUCGAGGGAGGACAAAACCGGCUGAAGCACUUGAUGGGGACUUUCUUUCUGCGCAUUAAGCGAAAAACGUGGGAAUAAAACAAGCAAAGAUGACGCGUCGUUUUAACGUUUUCGCACUAAAGGCGCUUCAGGCGUAACGUUACAGGUGAAGAUGGGGAACCACUCGCUGAGACACCAGCUGGAGGCUCUGAAGGUUCUUCACGAGCUGAAUGGGAGCAGAACGGCGAGGAGCAGCGCUGAGGUGUCUUCAGAUGAUUCGGGGAGCAGAACAAAGUCUCUCCGUUAUAAACCCCAGACCGUCGCCGAGAGGGCGAGAGAAAGCCAGUUCUCACGACUAGUCGAAAUACUAUCGCAGAUAAUAUCGAUAGAGCAAGACUUGCUGAGACCUCUGUCAGAAGACCUGGGAAGUUUUCUCCUCCGUCACAAGGACAGCGUCGACCUGAGGAACAUCUGUCUGAGAAUGGCGAUCAGCGAGGCGGGCUGUCAGUCCGACAGGGACCUGAGGGAGCUGAGAGUCUGUCUUCAGCUCAUUGUGGACAAUUUGCUUUCUGCUCUAAGAGAGGAGAACAGUUUAUCGGCCCUGGGGGCUGUCCGGAGACUGGUGGGCAUCUCUACCACAUUUUCAGACAUGUGAACUAAAGGCGGAGUGGGCUUCACCGGCUCUGCGCGGACCGUCUGUCGUUUGUUUUGCUGGGUUAGUAAACCCGGAGCUAGUUCAGGAUACCGGGGUUUGAUUAACUUAACUGACAAACUCCAAACUACCUCAAGCCUGUCAAGACUCGUUUUUGGCGCUGAACUGUAGAGCUGGGCGACAUGACCAAGUUAUAUAUGGUUGUUGAGUGAAAUUAUCUCACAAUAUCUCACAAUAUCGUAGAUAUUGUCAGCAAUUAAAAACAACUUCAUGUUUGACUACAAAGGGAACCUAAAUUCCCGUUUAAUUAGAUUCAGGGCAGGUUGGCCUGUGUGAAAUGUUGAAUAGAAAUCAAUGGAGGCCUAUUCAGAGUUUUUGAUAGUAUUUUUAAACCUGAAUCUACUCCAACGUACACCAGAUAAGAUAUAUAUCGCACCUUAUUUUGUAUCUGGAAAACAAAUAUUGUGAGUACUGUGACACUGCAUUAGUGCCAUAUCGCUCAGUUCUUCGCUGCAGCCACAAUUUUCCUAUAAGUUGUGAUUCAUAAUAGUAUUUAACAUUUUUCCUACAAAACCUUUCUGUCUGUUUUCGAAAGACUUCGAGAGAAUUGGCUUUUCACAUCUACACUCUGUUCUCCUCUUCACAUUUAGCCCAGGCCUGUUUUAACAGAAAGUAUGGUAUCAUAUUCCUAUUUUCUGUCUGUAUCUGCAAAAUGUCAAACAUACUUGUAGUGCCUUUAACCUUACUGGGCAGCUCUACAGGUGUAACAGGUUCAGUAGCUGACAGAGCAAAGCGAAUGUCUUUUAUCUGACUCAGUUGUUUUAAUGGGCAGCGCCUAAACAGAUGGCGAACCACGUUCCAGAGAAAGUUUGUGACUUCUUUUAUAAGACGCAUUAGACAAAUUGGGACUGGUUUUUCUACCAUACCAACACACUCCUUGACGGUAUGAGCCUGGCCCCAAACUAUCUGUAACAAUUAUCAAGGGUUCUUUUGGCUAGACUUAGAUGGCACUAGGCUUAGAUGGCGAUUGUUAUGAUGUAAAAAAGUCAAUCACAAUGGUCUGAUGUGAAAUGUUCUAUUCUAGAGAAACGUACCAAGUCAGAAUUGUUCACUGCAGAGUUUAUAGGAACCAGACGUCAAGAGCACUUGACGCCUCUGAAAGCUCGCAGAAAGUUAUACUGAAUGUUUGCGAAUAUGUUGCCUGAAGUCAGAGACAUUGUUUUUGAAAUCAUGAGAUCACACCAAAAAUAGACUUCAGAGAAAAGUUUUAUUUUUUCUGUUUUUUCAACCAUUUUACCCAUACCAUCAUGACAUAUAAAACUCAAGACAUGUGGAGGUUAUUUUUCUUUUGUAUAGUAAAUAAAGUGGCUGUAUUUACACUGCCCAUAUAUCAGAGCCUCUGGUUUCUAUGAACUGCAUUGUAAAGAAAUCUGAUUGGCUAAGUCUCUCCAUGCUUAAUCUCACAUUUGGGAUCCUCAUUUUAUCUGUGUUUAUAAAACUAGCCAUGGUAAUGGAUUAAAUAUCAUGGGAUGGGGUUAUUUAAGUUACAUUAAGUGGGAUUAUUUUGAUUCUGAUUGUAUUUAUUGAAGGUGUUUCACAUUACUGGUCAUGGAUUAGUUUUUCUGUAGAAUUGAUCUUGUUUGUUUACUUAGUUUUGUUUAUUCAAAAUAAUCUAAACAGUUUAAUAAAUGAAGGAUUCAAACUAUGUCAAAGCAGGUUCUUCAACACAUGAGGUUCCCGAGUUAACUGAGAAAUUAUUGGCAGUAGAAAACACUGUCAGCUCUGUAGACUCCAAUGAAUACCUCAUGCUGUAUUUGUUUGGCUUGUGUUUUGCUGUAUGAAAGGGCAAUAGUAAAUGGUUUGUAUUGUUUUCAUGUUUGUUCAGAGACGACUCGUGACUUGUGAGACAGUGAGCAUUGGUGUGAUGCAAGAUCCCAUCAGGAUAGAAAUGCUUUCAUUUCAGUUUUUCCUAGAUUACCGUAAGCAGAAUGCUGGGCUUUGUUACAUGAAUUGGUUUGUUUAAAGAAUCAUUUUUGUAAAUGAAAAAUGUGAGUUUGAAGAAACUUUUGAAGUUUGAAGAACCUCCAUGUAAAGUGUUUUAUGACUACCAUUGUAUUUCCAGACCAACACCAUUUAAAAACCAUUCAUUUCUAAGAAUGUACUAUCUCUAAAAACUUGGAAUUAAUGAUCUUUAUUUUAUUCAAUGAUAAAUUGUACAGUAUAGACUAUGAUAUUAUAAACUAGACCAAAUGUAUUUUGAGAUGUUUUAUACAAUAUCUCAUUUGGUUGGUAAACAUAAAGCUAUUAAAUGAUGAAUAACAUGCUCCACUCUUUGGGGCAUUUCCUUU